ACCUCCUCACAGAGCCGUUUGACGGAAAUUCACAGAACUCGUCACCCGAGUCAUCUACAAUUUCAGAUGGAUCGAUGCAUUCGACUUCCAAGGGUUCGACACCAGACUACAUUAAUCUGGAUCAAAGCAAGUGGAUUACACCGCUUCAUUAACGAGCGACUAGCCGGUGAAGCUGCAUAAGUUAUGUCGAUCGUGCACCGAUGUUAAUGAACCGUGAUAUAUGCCUAGUUUUAUUUAUAGAGAAUCGGACAAUGACACACUGACAAUUUUUCCAACCCCGUACGAUGAGAGAGCUACCCUCCCAAUCGGAUAUUAUAUCAUCCUUGCGACGCACGAUUACGGUUCAGCUAUCUAAUAAGUAGAUUAGUCGCACUAAUAACAUUCAAAACGCUUUCUUCGUAAGUUGUUUUCAUCCAAUUUCGGUAUCGCGCGUAUUGAGCUCGAAAUAACAAUUUUUCGACGAUUGCGGAACGUCGCGAUUAUGGAGCAUCUUAGCGCGUGACCCACGACUCUCUGGUCUGCCCUGAUAUUUCCAAGUUCCAAACAACAAAAAAAAAGCAAACUCCGAUCGAUUCGCAAUUAGCAAUUGUAGUAUGCUCGAAUAAUAUUUAUAUUUAUACCUCGUGACUGCAGCAGAUGUAAGUGCAUGUCUGUUAUCCAGCGAUGGACGGAGAGUUUCACCUAAUGAAGCGAAUGCGAGAGCGUGCAGCCAUUGUUGUUGCGAUAACAUGUGCGAAAGAAUAUUCCAUUCAUCGAUCGAGGGGUGAAUCCUUCGGGUAGCGCGAGUUAUAAUCCGCGUUCAAACGCUGUUCUGUAGAUUUGCACAAGUUGUCGCUCGCUAACGGGGAUAGAGGUGAUUCUAUAUGUACUACAUAAAGAAGUCGAGCGAUUGGCGAAGAGAUUUAGACGGGGGUCGGGGACUCCUCUCCGAACAGACACCGAGUCUUUCUCGCAGAUGCCGCCGAUGCCCCGACGCCGUCGACGAAGAGCCCAUUCUUCGCGCCGCGGUGCAAAUUCAUCCCUGACAAAUAAAAUUCAAGUUCUUCGAUUCUGUGCAAAUCUGACAUCGGAGACGCCGCGGUCACCCGUCGUAGGGGGCUUCUCCAGUGUGGAACACUCGCCGAGCCUCCCCUGGACCACUCGUAAUGGACCUGUUCCGAGAUGGGUUUCGCGCUCGCGCUGCCGAUCGUGGAAAAUCGAAGGAUGUCGCGAGUGCAACGACGAACGCCAAUACACCGCUGAUCGGUUGCGGCAAGAUAAGCGAUACCUCGGAUUUGUUUUAUCAGUCGACGGUCAAUACCAGUGCAACCGAUCGCAGACACGAGGUAUCGGCGACGUACGACGAAACGUGGCUCCAGUCUUACCCGCGUCGUCCGGAUCCGGGCAUGAUCGACUUCGAGGCAUCCUCGACUCCUGAAACCGCCACCGGAGGUGAAGGAAACGAACCACCGGACACGAGGCCACGACUGUACACCGUCGAUAAACCUGGAAGGCCGAAGGACCUCACCGUGGAUUUCGACAGAGCGAUCACAUUAUGCGGAUACGGGAGAUAUCACUACGAGCUUGUUUUCCUGUGCGGUUUGAUCUUCAUGUCAGCGGGUUUCCAGAAUGGCCUGAACGCGUACAUCCUGCCAUCGGCAUCCUGCGAUCUCCGAUUGUCGUCCGGGGAGAAAGGCUUACUAAACGUUGCAUUUCUAGCCGGAGGCACAACGAGCGCAAUGUUGUGGGGAAUAAUCGCCGACAUUUUCGGCAGAAAGAACAUCCUGGUGGGAACGCUAUUAGCGGACGGAAGCAUCACUCUGAUUUCCUGCCUUUCGCAGAGCUUUCCGAUUCUGUUCAUCUUCCGAUUCCUCAACGGAUUCGUCAUCGGGGCGCCCGGAAGUCUAGUUUUUUCUUACCUAGGCGAGUUCCAUGCGGAGAAGCAGCGCGCAAAAAGCAUCUGCUACGUAGGAUUUUUCUUCACUUUAUCUUGGCUCGUACUUCCAGGGGUCGCGUGGAUCGUCAUACCGCUGACCUUCAACUUGCGACUCAACGGUCUCUUGUUAAACUCCUGGCGACUCUUCGUCGCGCUUUUCGGUGUGCCGCCGUUAGUCGCCGGCUUACUACUGACAAGAUUUCCAGAGAGCCCGAAGUUUUUGGUAUGCCAAGCGCGGUACAAGGAGGCUUUGAAGAUUUUACGAAGCAUAUACGUCGCGAAUAACAGGCGCAGAACUCACGAAUAUCCGGUGAAAAUUAUCCUCGCAGAGGGAUGCGCCCCUACUUCAAAAGAAGAGGCAGGUCCGAAGAGCGGUAAAGAAGAAAGCGGCGGCGUCAAGGUACUCUUUGGUAGCAUUCGGAAGCAGAUCGGCUGUCUUUUUACUCCACCGCUUCUCAAGUAUGCGCUACUCUGCUCCACAAUGCUCUUCGCCAAUAUGUUUGGAUACUACGGUCUCGGCCUUUGGUUCCCGGAGCUCUUCAACCGGUUCGAGACUUAUUACAAGCUGUAUCCAAACUGCACGACGGUGACGAUUUGCGAGUUGGCGAGCUUCGUCAAUCCGUUGGGUGUCGGACCGGUAGCACAAGCGAUUACCCGGGUCAGCAACGCAACCGGAGACGCACUCCCGUUUCUCAAGGUUCGGCAGACCGUCGACGACAACAUAUCGCUCGGCGAGGAACACAUUGACGAACCUUUGUGCAACGGUACCAUCGACGAAAAGGUUUUCGUCAACACGCUGACGAUGAACGCGAUCAGUCUCCUGGGUAACAUCGCAUCUGGCUACUUGGCCGAUCGUCUAGGCAGACGAACGAUGCCGGUUGCGACGAUGGUGCUGGCGGGAACGUUCGGAUGCGCGAUUUAUUUUUUAGAAACAGCCUUCCAGAACCUGGUGGUCGCCUGUCUGUUCUCGACGUUCAUCGCUACGGCCAACAUGGUCCUCAGCAGCGUAAUCGUCGACGUAUUUCCAACGAACGUCAGCGCGAUGGCAAUUUGCCUGGCGACAUUAUCCGGGAGGAUCGGCGCAAUCAUGAGCAAUCUACUCUUCGGCCUACUCCUGGACAUCAAUUGCGGUGUACCGAUAUUUCUCGUCGGUGGUGUCGUUAUUCUUGGCGGACUCCUCGGAUUUUUUAUACCGAAGAAGGGCGUCGUAAACGACAUACGUAUCGCCAUACCGGCCUAGAAGAAAACCGUCAGCAAUUGACCGCUGAAUUUCGAAAUACGUGUACACAUGUGAUAAAUGAUGGGAUAAUGCCUCGCGAUGCACCUGGAAGUGGGGGUGGCCGUAACCGCCCCUUCACAAAAUCGAUGGACAGAGUAUAGCUGAAUCACGCGAAAAAACGGUUUCUACAUGCAAUUUGAGUGACGUAAAUGCGGAUCGGAAUAUUUGCCGACGCGACGCGUCAAAUAACCGCGAAAUUAUCGGAAGGUCUCACCCGUGUUCAUACGUUCCGGGUGCUUGUUGCUGAUAUUUUGCAUAGGUCGACGCGUGAUGUCAAUCUCCGUGCGAUAAUCGAGUAUCGCUCGACGAAUUGUACAAAUUCAACAUUCGCCAAUGUCAAGUGUUGAAAGUGUGGAAAAUUUUUCAAGUGUCGAAGAUGUAGGAGUAUACGGGAACGACCGAAGGAUCUGGUAUCCAAAUAUUUUUUCGAACCACUAAGGCAAUUGCUGAUUUUAUAUAUUUUCGUAAAUAAAAAAUGAAAGGAUUCCCUUAGAGCUUUUGAUACAUAUUCACAUGAAUUUGUCGUACAUUCGAUUAGAAUUGAAUAUAUGGUAGGUAUAGCCAUAGUUAAAAUAGUUAGGUAUGAAUUGAUAUACCUAUACAUAUAACCGUGUAGAUGUAUACAAGUCUUCGGAGGAUACCUAGUUUAGAGUUGUUUUUAUGAUCGUUACCUUACUUACUACCAAUAUUUCAUUACUAUUGUUACCAUCAUAGAAUAGUCGUUAUUUAUAGAAUAACAUUAUUAUAAUUGGGUGUUCCUUAUACUAUUCAUUCCCAAUAUAUUAUAAGUAUAUUUACAUGUGAACAAGAAUUAUAACAACAACAUAUCAGGUAUGUCGACGUGUGCGACUGCGUAUACGUCGUGUGUGUACUAUGUAUAAUCAUUGCACUCGUACACGUUGAUACACUUUUAUCCGUAAGUUGUGAAUAUUGUAGAUGUGCGCAUUUCUGCUAUAAUACUCGCACGCACACGCACACGCACACGCACGCACGCACGCACACACGUUACAAACUAAUUAAAAACUCGGGGUACUCUCACGUAUUAUAGUUAUGUGGGUAUAUAUAUCUUACGUUAUAGAUUACGCCAGCGUGUUUGCUGGUCAUUUUUUUUUUUUUUUUUUUUUUUGCCCUUUAUUAUUUAUACAGCCAUUAAAGCAGGGUAACACAAUAAGUCCGACAA